GAUUACCAUUUACCAAUGCCUAUAUAUAUAUAUAUAGUAGCAAUUUUCCAAUUCUUAUCGUCAACCAACUAGCAUUUGCAAAAACAUUACAUUUUUUUCCAAACAAAUUACCUUCUAUUUUUUAUCAACUAAAAGAGAAAGCAAGAUGAGUGUAGAAAUUUUAGAUGGUGCUACCAUUGUCCACUUCCUUGAAGAUGAAGAAGCAUUUAAUAACUCCGUAGGAAAUCGGUUUGCUCGCCUCGACACAAAUAAUGAUGGUCUCCUGUCUUAUGACGAGAUGUUGAAAGAGCUCCAAGGCCUGAGGGUUUUCGAAACACAUUUUGGUAUUGACGUAGAGUCGGACCCCGAUGAGCUAGCCCGUGUUUAUGCAUCCUUAUUCAUACAAUUUGAUCACGAUUUGAAUGGCGCAGUUGAUCUGGAAGAAUUCAAGACAGAAACAAAGCAGAUGAUGCUUGCAAUGGCAGAUGGAAUGGGUUUGCCAAUUCAAAUGGUGUUGGAAGAAGACAGCAUCCUUAAGAAAGCAGUUGAAACAGAGUUCAAUAAAGUCUCAGCUUAACUUUAGUGCUACUUUGAUCAUGCCUAGUUCUGCAAGUAUUGUAUAACAUUCUGUUUGUUGUUAUUAUUGUUACCAUGUAAACUUCUUACAAUGUUUUGUUAUGUAUUCAUGAAAUAAACCAUCUUAAUCUGAGCUUUUACAUCUCUAUCAGAAAAGAAAUUGUAUUCUACUUAUCAAGUAUGACUGAAGUUAUGAAGAAUUUGACAUAGUGCGCAAACAAUA